GUUUGUUCAGGCAGUGAAAAAGUCAGUUGAUUCAUGAGUGAAGAAGUCACAAUCCGCCAAACAUCUGCUUCUUGUAUCCCGAGAACCUGCGUUUAAUCACAUUUAGACAACUUCCUCAAACUAUUUAGAUAAUAAUUCCAAAUUCGAUUCUAGCAUGAGAGAAUAUGUUGUAGGAACAAGAGUGGAGUGUGAUGGCUUUCGAGGCACCAUUCUUUAUAUUGGUGAAGUUCCACCAACUAAAGGAACUUGGCUUGGCGUAGAAUGGGAUGACCCAUUGAGAGGAAAACAUAGUGGUUCACAUGAAGGAGUUCAAUACUUUGUAACAAGAAAAUUAAAUGCAGGUUCAUUUGUUCGGAUCAACAAAAUUAAGCCAAAUCUGGAGUUUAGUCAAGCCCUUUCAGAUCGAUACCUUAAGGGUUCCACAGAUGGCUAUGCAGACAAGUUACUUAUAAGUGAACUAAGAGAUGAAAUGAAUGCUCCAUUUCUUGAACUUGUGGGAUUUGAAAAGGUUGGCCAAAAGCAAAGUAAUCUGCGUGAGUUGAGAAUUGCAGUGCUCGACCACUUGCGCAUUGAUCAUAGCAACCAUGACUUGGGGGAAGUAUGUCCCAACAUAGAAGAGUUGGAUCUCUCUUCCAAUCUUUUUGAUUCAUGGGAAGGGAUUGCAGCCAUCACGAGCCAGUUGCCAAGAUUGGCGGUUUUAAACGUCAGUGAUAACAAAUUAGCCAUUCCCGAGAAUCCCGCGUCUCUGAAAGCAGCAUUUAGUAACUUGACCCAGUUGCAAAUGAGCCAUAUGGAUUAUACAUGGAAAACCAUUGUCCAGGCUUCCGCAAUGUGGCCCACAAUAGAAGUUUUAGCGGUUCCAAAUAAUAACAUUAAAUGUCUCGAGUUUAUGGACAGUGACGUUUUUAAUCAACUGAGAGUAUUGAAUCUUGAAGGUAAUCAAAUUGAAUAUUGGGAGGAAGUAAACAAACUUGGACAGUUGCCUAACUUAGAACAAUUGUCUCUCUAUGGAUGUGGCCUGAGAAACAUCCAAGUCAAGGAAAACUCAUUUUCAAGGCUUUCAAAGCUCUCAUUGUCCAAUAACAGAAUCACCCAGUGGGAACAUAUCUCUGAAUUGGAUAAACUGCCAAUGUUAGUCGACCUUAAACUAUGCGGUAAUCAGGACUUUGAAGUUAAUAGUCAAGAAACCUUCUCACAGGGGAUUAUUGCUAGGAUUGGAAAUCUUCAAGUAAUCAAUGGUAGCCAAAUCUCUAGUGUUGAUAGGCGUGGUGCAGAGCUAGAUUAUCUCAAGCAAAAUGGCAAUGAAUACUUGUUCGUCUUGUCUCAACAGCAUUCUCCGACUGGCGAACAACAAAUAAGAAAUUUUGAAGCAAAGCAUCCUCGCUACAAAUGCCUUAUUCAAAAGUAUGGGCCACCUGAACAAGGCGAAUACGCAACAAAACCAACUACUUUGAAGAAUGCUCUAAUCAAUGCGCUAGUUCAUGGACGAGUAAUUGUACACUGUGGCGAAUAGGCUGUUCACCCCAGUACAAUCAAUGUAGGCCGUAUGUAUGGACGGACGGGUGCAUUCACAACACAUCAACAACAAGGCAUGGGAAAAAGAAAUAUGGACGCUCUCUCGGAGGAGGAAAAGAGAUUAUUUCCCCUGAAAACCGUCACAUCAGUCGUAUCACUAUUCGAAAGUAUUCUGAAACGAACUACCGAGCCAGAUUUAGCCUUGUUAUCCAUCAUUGUUGGAUGUAUUGAGAAUACCCUUACGUGUAAUCACCAACUUCUUGGUGGCGCCAAGUCAACUGUUUUAGCCGCGGCUACUACUAUUGACGAAACCAGUGAAAAACUUAUUGUCAUACCACCUAUUAGGAGGGAGGAUGAUUUUCCCGAGAUUGAGUGGUCAACAGUGGAAGCCCUUUACAUAAAAUUCAGAGCAGUUAUCAAAAGCUCAGUGGAUUUGACACAGUAUGGCUGCCCAGACUUUGCAACUCGUGAAAUUGUAAAAAGAGUUUCUGAUGUCAUCUGGAACACAUUAACCAGGAGUUACUACAAAGAUCGAGCACAUUUACAAAGUUUGUAUAGCUAUUUAACAGGAAAUAAACUCGACUGCUUUGGUGUUGCCUUGGCUGUAGUGGCGGGUUGCCAAGUAUUGGGUUUUGAUGAUGUACAUUUGGCAUUGUCAGAAGACCAUGCUUGGGUUAUGUUUGGACCAGAGAGCAAAGAAACUGCAGAAGUGACAUGGCAUGGAAAAGGCAAUGAAGACAAACGGGGCCAACCAGUGGACUCAGGAAUACUUGCAAGAUCAUGGCUCUAUGUAGCAGGCAAUCCAGUGAUUUGUUCUAGAUUCACUGAGGUUGCCUCACUUGUUUCCUCAAUCAAUCCCAGUAUUACUGCUACCACUGACAGUUUGGAGGUCGCGUCAAUGCAGCAGGCUUUGUUAUGGGUGUUGUACGACACAGGUCAUCUUACACGGUAUCCCAUGGCCCUCGGCAAUCUGGCCGAUCUAGAAGAAUUAAUUCCAACACCUGGUCGCUGCCAUUGUGGCCAACUUUUUAGUCAAGCUAUUGAGGUGGCGAGACGAUGUUACGGUAACAGCCACGUCUACCCUUACACUUACCAAGGGGGUUACUUCUAUCGAAACCGGAUGUACAAAGAGGCACUUGAAAGCUGGGCCAAUGCGGCGGACGCUAUUCGAAGCUAUAACUAUUCGCGAGAGGAUGAAGAAAUAUACAAGGAAUUCCUCGAAAUCGCCAACGAACUGAUUCCUUUUGUGAUGAAAGUUGAAGGGUCGGGUCACAGCGCCCGUUCAAUAUUAAAAGACUCCGAGUGUUUUGCCCAUCUGCUCCGUUUCUACGACGGCAUUUGCCAGUGGGAGGAAGGGAGCUGCACGCCUGUUCUUCACAUAGGAUGGGCCAAACCUUUAGUCAACACCAUCUCCAAGUUCGAUUCGCAAGUUCGGAGACACGUCGUUAUCUCAUGCUCCGAGGUUGCAGAAGAAGAUACACCAGCCACGAAACCACCAGAGGGCAAGGCCGAGUUCCAUCGGGAAGAUCUCGAUGCCAACGCCAAUCAGGUUGUCCUCCCCUGGCCGCUAGCAAAGGAGCAAGAGAAGGAAGAGCGGCUAGUUGACAGUCAUGUUGGUGACAAGACGGCCGACCAGAAGGCGUGGUUAGGGUCGACUGCGCUGGCCGCCCUCACCGAUCUCUGUGGUCGAACAGUCCUGAGCCAGGCCUUCUUCCUUGGUUCGGACAUUAAAGCCGGAUCAGACUCGCAAGCGAUUCAAACUUUGACCAUUUCAGGGACUGCUGCCUCAACUGACAGCCCGGUGAAAAUAGUGACCAAACCAAAAUUGUACCUUCGUAGCCAUAAAAUGGCCGGACUCAAAGAUCUGCUGCUGUCGGAGAAACUCAACACGCACGCCAUUUCGCUUCAGUUAACGGCACAAAGUCAAGUACAGCUUGGCGGCCGUAAACUGCGUGGCGAAGAAGCCAAAGAUGCCAAACAGGACGGACGAGAUGCGAACCUUUCAAGACCCAAAAGAACCAGAAAAGAGUAGUGAACUUUACAGCAAACUGACAGGCUCAAAAGUUCUGUUUUAUUUUUUUAUUUUUAUGAUUUUUUUUUUGUUAUUUAUUUUUGGUUUUCUAUUUCUAUAAUGUGUUGAUUACAAAUAUUACCGAAAUGACAGAUAUUUCCAUUCACAAUGGAAUGUCUGGAUGCUUUUUGGUCGGUUGUGGACAGCCUUUGCCUUACAUUCGUGUUUCCACCAAAUGCUACUGCGCAGUUUGGUUUUUGGUUUUUCCCCUCAAUUACUGCCACCUUUUUUAAAUUUUUCCUAAUUGAGUUUCCUAGCUGCCUACCCCUUCCCCAGUGAUGGAAGAAGUUGAUCUGUUUUCAGCUUGUGUCGUGACCGAAGAUAACCCAACCAAUAAUGUUAUGUGUAAUGGAGCCCAGAAUUCAAAUCAAACGAUAAAAAAGGAAUUGAAGCCAUCGUUUCCUUUUUCAUUGUGCUUCGAAUUCGUUCUAGAUGUUGCUGAAUUCAUACAUUCCACGGUGAUGGCAAAGACAUAUGAGUGACAUUAUGUACCUGUAUUCUUACUCUAUUGUGAAAUCUUUUUUAAAAUGUGGACAGUUAGUUCAUUACUGAACGGACAAAUGCCAUCCUUAUAUCUUUUGAUUGUGUAUCUGAUUUCGCUGGGGUGAAUAAAUAUGUAAAAUAUAAUGAUUAAA